GCGGGGAGGGGUAGCGUAGCGUGUUGAAGAAUCAGAAUUGGAAUCGGAAGAAGAAAGGAGAAUUAGGGUUUGUGGAGAUGCAAGGGCAAGGCGUUGAUGAAGUGAACAUUGAAGAGUUGGCCUCGAAUCUUUCCCUCUACAAAGAUCAACUGAACCAGGUUAGGCAACUCUUGAACGAUGACCCUUCAAAUUCUGAAUAUGCUGACAUGGAGAGGGAACUUUCCGAGGUCAUUGCUUUGACUGAGGAACUCCUUGCAACUGCAAAGCAGAAUGAAAUCCCUGCUCCUCCUAACGCUGCUGCUGCCUCUCCAACCUUGUCCAUACAUAAUGACAAUCAAGUGCUGGAUAGCAGCUCUGAUCAUCAAGAGAAACUUCCUGUUGGCACCAAAGUUCAGGCAGUUUGGAGUGAAGAUGGGGAGUGGUAUGAUGCAACAGUUGAGGCUUAUACACCAAAUGGUUAUUAUGUAAGCUAUGACAAUUGGGGUAAUAAAGAAGAGGUUGAUCCUGCCAAUAUAAGGUCAAUUCAAGAAGGUUCUGUUGAUGCUUUAUUAGAAGCUGAGCGAGUUGCUGAAGCAACAAAACAGGCCAUCAAACGAAAAAUUGUGCAAGCUGCAUCUAUCGAUUUACAGUCUCGGAGUCUACCUGCAAAGCUUCGUAUAGAGGCUGAUGAUCCUGAGGAUGUGAAAGCUUCGAAACGCAAGAAAAUACAUGCCUUUAAGUCAAAGAUGCGGAUGGAGCAACUUGAAGUCACACAAAAUAAGCGGCAAAAUGCUUGGCAGCAAUUUCAGUCAACCAAAGGAAAGGCAAAGAAGAUUGGUUUCUUCUCUGGAAGAAAACGGGAGAGUAUUUUUAAAUCUCCUGAUGAUCCUCAGGGAAAGGUUGGUGUGACGGGAAGUGGGAAAGGUUUGACAGAGUUCCAGAAGAGAGAAAAACAUUUUCACCUCAAAGAUGGUACUGUUGAAAAUGAUGAGUAGGUUAUGCACCUAUUCGGCUAAAUGCCCUUUCAAUUGUAUGUAAUGCUCAAACAACCAAUCUAUGUAGAGGUUCACUGAUGGCAAACCAAACGAUGUUAUCUACUGAAAUGUGUUGAGACUGUUCUAGAUUAUGGUUUUAGCCCCC